UAUGGAUGCUGAUGUAUGCUACUGUCAUGCUUGCUCUGGGUGUAGUCAGGACAACGCACGCAUAAGCUAUCUGUGAAUGAAUGUCUUUUGAGGAGAAAUAGUAUCCCGACUUGUGGUUGGAAUUGAUAACACUUGGAAUUGAUAACACCCUCUCGACGCUAGUUGGGAUACCCGUAUCUUUACCUCAUAUCCGUACUGAAAGCUGAAUCUCGAAAUCCUUGAUUUUUCUUGUGAUUCAAAUGCCGACGGGGUUGUACAUUUUGGAAGGGAAAGGAGGCAAAUGGUCGCCCCCGGCCGUGAUCGUGCUGUUUGGAUGGUUCGGAGCGCCUCAGAAGCACCUCCUCAAGUACGCCGAGAUGUAUCAGCAUAAAACCUGUGGUGUGAUUAUUAGAACAACGGCUUCGUCCUCAGAUAUCAUGCUGCGAAAGAAAGAAAACUUGGCUCGGCACGGGAUGGAGGCGAUUCGUCGGGCAGCUGCUGGGAUAGAAUCGUUGGGAGAGGAGGCCAGGGUCUACGUUCACUGCAUAUCCAAUGGUGGGACCUUUCUCUGGGAUGCAGUGAAAGACAAGAUGAUCAAAAGCUUGCAAAACCAAGAGCACAGCGCAGAUCCAGAUGCUGCUGUUUUGAGGCUCAUUCACUCCCGGCUCGCAGGGGAGAUUUUUGACUCGGCUCCCUGCUACAUCAGCACAACCAUUGGGUUGCGUGCGAUCCGACUGACUGUACAGGGAUUCAUCCCCCGCCUCCUCGUUCAGCUUUUCUUCUUGCUUCAUGUUCUUGUCGAAUCUCUCUAUAUCAUCCUCACUUUUCAGAAGCACAUCCCGGAGGCUUGGUGGGAUUCCCUCAUACAGAAUCCCAUCCGUUGCAAGCAGCUCUUCCUUUACUCUGAUGCCGACUCGCUACUGGACAGAGAUCAACUUCAGCUGCUGAUUGAGAGCCGUAGAGAGAACGGGGUCUCAGUGCAGGAGCGAUUAUUUCAUGGAGCAGGGCAUGUACAGCUUUUAAGGAACGACCCUCAGGAGUAUACCAAGACUUGUUUGAAAUUUUGUGGGUUGAAGUUUGACGAGGAGUGA